CAGCAAAUUGUGCCUAACCGUUCACAACCUUCGAUUUUAUUGACUUUGGAGUACAACUACUAAGCUGAAUUUAGUUUCCUAGAGAAUCUAAACGUUGCUGAUUAGAAAGAGCAUUUUUUUUAGUGCAUAAAGACCACGAUUCGCACACAUUCGCUCAAAGCCACGUUUAUUAAUCAAGCUCUCCAUAGUUAUAACUUGAACUAGGAAAAAAUAGGACAACAUAUGCUUUGUUAUUUUCCGCUGACAUAGCUUGAUUCCUUCAUUCAAUGCAGAAUACAAAAUGUAAACUAAACUAUUUACUACUAUUUGCGAAUUCAGUUCUAAGUGGAGCUUUACGCGGUUCCGUCUAUCUCAGCUGUCUGCUUCGGUCUCCGAAACUUCGCAGUGCAUCACAGUCCACGUGUUAGUUGUCCCAUUCGUAGCGGCACAUGUGAGAGAGGGUGGCUCGAAACAAAAACAAACACUAAACUGUGCUCUCCUCGUGCUUCUUUCAAAGGAACGCCACUGGCUUUUUGUUCGAUGUUUGUGCUAAAUAUAUUUCCUCAAAAUAACUGUUAAUCCCGUUAUAGUGUUAGUCGUUUUUAACUGGUUGACAAUAUAUAGAACGGUGCUGUGAAAAUACAGAACUGCGCCUGUGAGUGUCAUGAAGAUCCAGGACAAAGAACUCACUUCCCCGGAAGACGUUGUAUGCACUGGACGAUGUGGCGUGGCUCUCUGUGACCGACGCGGUCUUAUUUCGCACGAUGCAAAUACUCUUUACGUGCCAUCAGGUUCGUGCAUUCGGGUCUUCUCGUUAGGGUCAGGUGAGCCCAUACGGACUCUAGAUUUUCACGAAGCAUUUGUUAUCGCUCUUUGUCCAAGCCCACUAAAUCGAGUGCACGUCUUAUCGUGUUCUGUUGAUGGCGUCGUCGCUCGUUGGGAUUCGACGGAUUACGCGCUCAUCUCGAAGGAUCGAAUCGUUGAAGACAACCGCAAAGUCCAGGUAUUCCUGGCAAAUCAGGAGAGCCCAUGGUGUGUUUACGUCACCCACGAAAAGAUAGACAAUCGUCCAAAAAAUGCCUUGUGGUUACGCAGCUUGACAUUAGAGGAACCCCUCCGCCAGCUUUCAUCAACCUGCUCAUCGAAUAUAAAUCUCUUUGGUAUUGCUGCCAGUUCCGAUCUAGUCACCUGGAUCGACAAUGACCAUCAGCUGCGUGUUGUACGUUGUUCGUCACCGGCGACAAUUGUGCUCAUUCGGCGCGGACGUGGUCGACCUGUAUGCGUUGCUGUUCACCCCACAGAUGAGUUAGUGGCUGUGGGGGAUCAGGAUGGAGCAAUCUUUAUACAUGCUGGUCCUUUUUUCCAGCCUAGUGCUCCAAACAAAGAUCGCAAGAAACAGCUUGGUGGAGCUCCUGCUAUGAAGUUGCACUGGCACUCGAUGCCCGUGGCAGAUAUACACAUGAGCGGCAAUUUUCUAUAUUCGGUCGGAGCAGAAGGUGUCCUAGUUCGCUGGGAUUUGGAAAGCGAUGAGCGGCAAUUCUUGCCUCGUCUCGGGAUGCCGAUAAGGCAGUUAGCAGUUGCUCAGAACGAGAAAUAUGUUGUGUGUGGGCAUUCCGACAACACUAUUACUGUUAUACAAGCCCCAAAUACAGUUCAUCGAGUUAUUCAGGGUCUGGUGCAACGGAAUUUUACGGGCGGUGGUAACGUGGCAGGUAUAGAUCCAUUCGACUCCUUAAUGAUUUUUGAGGCUUGCAAAAGGCAACUUGUUCUCUCUGGAAGACCUGGACAAUUGCAAUUCUAUAGUUUGGAGCACAACCGACAAGCUUGUGUGUUGGACGUGACGGGUGAGAACUUAGCAACAGAUUUUAAACUACAAUAUGAAUUGAAAAAAGGCAUCAAUUCUGAAGUACUGCUCGCAGAUUUCGCACCUGAUGGUCGUUACCUAGCUACCAUCGAAUACAAGACGGCACUGUCAACGACAUGUAAAUUGAAAUUUUGGCAUUGGAAUAAUGAGCGAGGCGAAUUAGAAGCGAAUACGACCGUGUUAAUGCCACAUUUACGCCAACGGCCACGAUCAUUACGCAUGGGACUACGAGAAGGUUGCUAUUUUUGCGUGAGUUCCGGAGAGCGUUCCUUUAAAUUAUGGACGAUUGUUCGCGGAGAUUCCGAGGAUCAGCUGUUCUGGCAGUGCGUAGAUGAACGAUCAUACCGACAAAUGGCGUGUCGUGCCUUAGCAAUUUCAGAGGAUCAUUCGAUUCUGGCCGCUUCUUUCGGACACAUGGUAACCCUGUGGCACAUUAAUCUGGCUACAGGAAGAGGUCAGAAGCCGGACAGUCUUGAUAAUGAAGGUGACCUUUGUUUAAUUGGUGAACUCUGUCUGAGAGGAAACAUGCAAGAAAUCAACAAACUAGAAUUUGGACGAGGUGACUGCAACACUAUUCUGCUCAGUGUAUCUGGGCGUUCGGUAACUGCGUGGGAUCUGCUUAGCUUAGAUCGUCUGUGGAGCGCCCAAGUUGCCGUAAAACAAAUAUUACCAGACCCGAAUUCCUCGCACAUGGCUGCCUUAAUCACCAAGACUUCACGAAUACCAAGCUUGCUUGUUGUAUUUCGACCUGAUAAGAUAAUUGAAGCACCGAUUGCCCAAGUCCCUUUGGAACAGGAUGACCAGAUCCGAUGCGCAGUAUGGGUACCACUGUCUCAUGAGAAGGGUAAUGUCCAGAAGGGCCGCAUGGGCUGCCCGCAAGAUGUAAGCUGGCAGACAAAGAGCACUUUGUUAGCCAUGGGGCGGAGGGAUAAAUUAUUUCACUUUGUUCGAAAAGAAAAUGUCAGGCAAAAUUCAGGUGACAACAGUAAUCUUGCCUUACCUCAGAGCGUGGACACUUUAUUGACACCCUUCGGAGCACACCUGUCGUCAUCACUUGCUUUAAAAGGGACUCGAGAAGGCCAAACUUUUAGUGGACCAGCCGUUAAAAGAGAUAGCAUAGAUCUAGGGAGAGCAUCUCAGCACGCCGUUGAUCAUCUACUGCAGAUUCCUACACACGUUAUGCCUUCUGCUAGCGUGUUGGCCGAAUCGUUUAUAAAAGCCAUUUGGCUUGAUGAGGACGAUCAUCUUGAACGCCGAUCAAAAAAUAAUUUGUUCUCUAAUAGAAUGGACAACACGGACAACAUAGUGAAUUCGGACGACGAUUCCGACUCAAGCGGAGCGGGAAAAAGUAAAAAAACUCGAAUUGCUAAUACCCAUAGCGCUGCUGAAAGUGAUUUGGGGGUAUCGGAAAUGCACAAAUGUGAACUACGAGCUGAGAAGAUUCGCCUGCCUAAAAUUAAAGAUUAUAGAUGGAUUCAAUGGCUCAUUCGCCUGAAACCCGGUGAUGAAAGCAACUCUGUUAAAAAUGGAUUACAGAAUUAGAUCGAG